AUGGCCGAUAUAGAAGUUGUAAACAGAAUUUGUCAGAAAUUCAAUUUGAAGUCACUUACAGAUCAACAAAUUUCGGCGAUCGACGCCCUGAAGAAAGGAAACGACACAUUUGUUGGGACAAAGACGGGGAGUGGGAAAUCUCUAGUCUACGAAAGCUCGCCGAUUGUUUUGGGAGAGAAUGGUGUUACAACUGUGCUUGCUCCGCUGAACAGUAUUAUGUCUGAACAAAUAGAGAGACUGAACAGGCUUGGAUACAGAGCUGUGCAAGUAUCGAAUGACACUGAUAAGCAAGCUGUUAUGAACGGAUAUUUUCAGUUCGUGUUAGGAAGCCCCGAACUUCUCGUCGGUGAUGACAAAUGGAGAGAAGUUUUGAGAAAUCCAAUCUUCACAUCAAAACACCAAUUGAUUGUGGUCGAUGAGGCCCACACCGUAAUUCAAUGGUAA